AUGGAGGAGGUGAUGGAGGAGGUGAUGGAGGAGGUGAUGGAGGAGGUGAUUGAGGAGGUGAUUGAGGAGGUGAUGGAGGAGGUGAUGGAGGAGGUGAUUGGAGGAGGUGAUGGAGGAGGUGAUGGAGGAGGAGGUGAUGGAGGAGAUGAUGGGGUGAUGGAGGAGGUGAAUGGAGGAGGUGAUGGAGGAGGUGAUGGAGGAGGUGAUGGAGGAGGUGAUGGAGGAGGUGAUGGAGGAGGUAAUGGAGGAGGUGAUGAGGAGGUGAUGGAGGAGGUGAUGGAGGAGGUGAUGGAGGAGGUGAUGGAGGUGAUGGAGGAGGUAAUGGAGGAGGUAAUUGAGGAGGUGAUGGAGGAGGUAAUGGAGGAGGUUAAUGGAGGAGGUUGA